CGUUAUCUGACAGCAGCAGAGCAGCUGGGCUGGAGCAUUCUUUGCCUUAUGCCACAUGAUCAAGUUACUUCUACUUGGGUAGAACAGACAUUGCGUGUGCCAGAAUGGGAACUGUGGCUCAAGGCAGUAGAGAAAGUGAACCCUAUUGCAGUAGCUGUAAGCCAUGAACUUGAUACAUGGCUUGGCCCUGCUGCUCUUGCAGGUGGACCUAUCACCCAGCAAGAGCUGCUUAUUAUUGAAGCAAGGUCUAUGCAGGCAGUACUCUCUAGUGUUGAGAUACAAAAC